ACACCCUGUUUCCAUGACAUUAAGACAUUUGUCAUAAUUCAUAUUCAUGAAAAUAGACCAUCACACUCACAUGAUAAGUUUGAAAUAAAAAAAUUAUUUUUAUUUAAUGUGAAAGUGAAUUUGUUAGUUACAAUGUCUAAAUUACAUAAAAUUAUAUUACUAUCAAUUGCAACGGCUGCAACAGUAACAAUAGUUUUGGGCCAGCUUCAUACGCACUCACAUUCCCAUGGAGACGAACCCCCGGCGUUUAAGUAUAGUAAAACUGUCAAUGAAAAAUUAAAUACAAAGCAGGAAAACAACCUAGACCCAGAUUAUGAUUUAUAUGUGAAAGCUUUAGGUUCUACAGUUGUUAUAAGCAUAAUACCCUUUUUCAUACUAUUUUUUAUACCAAUUGACGGUACCGUUGAAAAACAACCUCUAUUAAAGGUUUUGUUGUCAUUUGCAUCUGGCGGUCUUCUCGGCGACGCAUUUUUACACUUAAUUCCACAUGCUCUUAUACCCCAUAGUGAUGGUGGAGGACACAGCCACAGCCACUCUCAUGAUGACGAUGGAGCCCAACAUGGACCCCAUGAUAUGACAGUUGGCCUAGGAGUACUUGGAGGAAUUAUUACUUUUCUUGUUGUCGAAAAAACAGUACGUUUAUUUAGUGGAGGACAUGGACAUUCUCAUAGUACAGACAAAAAAAAGCAUGAUGAUAAAUCUAAAAAAUCUGUCAAAAAUAAGAAAGAAGAAAUAAAAAUAGCAGGAUAUCUCAACCUUGCUGCUGAUUUUACCCACAAUUUCACUGAUGGCUUGGCAAUAGGAGCUUCAUAUAUUGCUGGGCAAAAUAUAGGCCUAAUUACCACUGUCACUAUUUUGUUGCAUGAAAUUCCUCAUGAAAUAGGAGAUUUUGCUAUUCUAGUUCAGUCAGGAUGUUCAAGAAGGAAGGCUAUGAUGUUGCAACUAUUGACAGCCUUUGGUGCGAUAUCUGGUACAUUCUUAUCUAUAUAUUUACAAGGUUCUGGUGAUGGAAUUGUGUCAUCUCUCAUCCUACCGUUUACAGCUGGAGGUUUUAUAUACAUUGCAACUGUUUCUGUAAUUCCUGAACUUUUGGAAGGAUCGAAUAACAAAUUCUCACAGUCCCUUAAAGAAAUACUGGCACUUUUAGCUGGAGUUUAUAUGAUGGUUAUUAUUGCUCAGUAUGAAUGAUCAUAAACUUACUGAACUAAGUUGUUAAUGAUAUUUUAGUUAAUUUAAUAAAUGUAUUAUCAAAACAUCACAA